AUGGCGCAACGUGACCUUCCGGACCCGUAUCUACCACAGCCAAGUCUGGACAUACUGAAGGACAACUGGAGCCCCGCCCUCACUAUCUCCAAAGUCCUGCGGAUGAGGUGUGAAGUUUGUGGGAGGCAGUUCAGCAGAGCUGACAACUUGGCCAGGCAUAUGCACAUCCACACAGGGGAGAAACCGUACAGAUGUGUGGAGUGCAGCAGGCAGUUCAGUAGGCGGGAUCAUUUGAAGACCCACAUGCUCACUCACAUGGGGGAGAAACCUUACAAGUGUGAAGAGUGCAGCAGGCAAUUCAGUCAACACAGUGGGCUUCAGAAACACUUGCUGACUCACACAGGGGAGAAACCUUACAGGUGUGAGAAGUGCAGCAAGCAGUUCAGGCAACUGAUUCAUCUGAAGACCCACAUGCGGACUCACACAGGUCGCACGGGAAGGGGACAUUCUAGGACGAGACAUGAUACCAGCUUUACCCCGGGGCUGGUGCGUGAAGUCCGGCGGGCAAAACUCAACAGUUACAAGUGCGAGUACCAGCGGCGCUGCGCACGGUUUAGGGAUGAACUUGGUCUUCAGGACAAUCUCUUCUUCCCUGAGAGAGACAUGUGUUAUUGUCCAUCCUGCCACGAGAGACGGGGAGACAUCGAGAUCUACCAACGCGGAAACCCGCCCAAACCUUACGUCCUUCCGCUGGGCUGGAGCAGAUUUGCUUUACAGGUGCCCCUGCCACAGGUGAAGCUGCCCCGGGGUGGGACAGUCGCCGCGUUUGACAGGUGGCACAUUUGUUUCCACGGAACUCUGAGGGACAACAUCAAACCUAUCCUGGAGACGGGGGGACUGCGCCGACCGGGAGAUGACAUUUUCUCCGGAUCCUGAAGCAGAGGAACGGUCACUACAACGAGGAGUGGAAACCUGAAGGGUUCGACACGCUGCAAGUCUUCGUGUCACCCAGCAUCCGGUACUCCUCCAGGGACGCGUACUCCUCUCCAUAUAUCUGGCGAGACAGAGCUACCAGCCAGAAGUACCGGGUGAGGUCGGCAUUUCAGGCCCGCAUCCGGCCGGGAAGCUACAGUAUCGGCCCGACUACCCUGCACCAUGUGCGCCGUGGGGACAGGAUUGACCCCAUCUACGGUAACGAUGAGAUCGAGUGGUCCACCAAACACGUGGAUGCCAUCAUGCUGUAUGGGCUGCUCAUCAAGAUGGAACCUUGUUCUUAAAAGUUGAGUUGUCAAAAAUAAAGGUCCAGAAAGGACUUGGGCUAGCCUAUGGCUACGUUUUUGAUUUGAAUAUUCGUCUUUCUUUCUAUGUUCCAAGCAACGUAGAUGACUUGUAUGUUUUAUUCAUGUAUGAUAUCCCAUGUUACUUGUGUUACUUAUUCUAGAAUCUCCUACAACGUAUAUUUCCCUUGUGCAUACUUAAAUCAAAGAAAUCAAUGUUGGUGAUUCUAUGUGUGGCAUGGUUUCCUUACAGACUAAGAAAAAACUUGGUAGAGUUGAAUUAGGGGGCAACUCAGCUCUCUAAAGUUGUAAAUGCCUGUAAUUAAGUGAUAAUAUAGAUUUGGUUUGGAUUAAGAUUGAUUUUAAUCUUUCAUUUAAUAUAUUUAUAAAGGCAAAAUUUGUGGAGGUCAAAGAAAGCUGUUUAUAUUGAAUGAAAAAUGUUGUACACACUCGAUAGGACAGUGUACUAAUUGAUGAAUUAUGGUGGGAUAGUGGUUUUGUAUGAGAUAAAAAUGUUAUAUGAGUCAUAGCUGUUCAUUUUUGUACAUUAAGUUUUGCUUCUUACAAUAUGGAAUGACAAGCAUUGACGGGCAUUUUGGAAUUCAACAAAGUAGAAUUUGAUAUGGUAAAUGAUUCAGAGUGGAAAUGCGUGUUUACCGAUGUUUCUGACAACGUUUUCCUUCCUCUAAUAAGCAGUAAGCUUGGACAUGUAACCAUUUCUUUUGGAUGCUGACUUGAAUACGACCAUGUUAACGAUAAAGAAAUGACACAGAGAUUAAGGGAUUCUCAUACACUGGGCACGGGAGACUUUGAACGUAUACUGACUGCAACGUCAUAAUGCUAUGUCACUU